AUGUCAGUCGACUCUGCUAGUUCUGACACAGUCUUUAGCAUUCUGAACAAAAGCUUGAAACUCGAAACCGCCGAAGAUGUCCAAACUUUUGUAGAGGAAAUAUUAGCAAAGGAAAACUUGGAAACAGUGAUUUUGAGCGGGAAUUCGUUUGGUGUUGAGGCAGCUCAGGCGCUUGCUGGAGCGCUAAAAAAUAAAAAUUCAAUCAAGGUAGUCAACGCAUCCGACAUAUUUACGGGACGUCUGCGAGACGAAGUUCCGCAAGCAGUCAGGGCAAUCUGCGAUGCACUCGAAGAUAAACAAAGUCUAGUUGAAUUGAACUUUAGCGAUAACGCAUUCGGUCCAGCGGGAGCAGAACCGAUGGUUGACUUUUUAACAAACAACCGAUGGUUCCAGGUACUGAAACUGAAUAACAACGGAUUAGGGGUACGUGGUGGGACUAUAAUUGGCCAAGCCCUACUGGAGGCGGCCAAGAAAAACAAUGAAGAAGGCAAAAAAUCUAGUCUUAGAACAAUCAUUGCCGGCCGCAAUCGAUUAGAGAACGGUUCGAGUAAAUACCUGGCUAAUGCAUUUGCUGCACAUGGUACUCUAGUUGACGUGAGAUUACCCCAGAAUGGUAUCAGACCGGAAGGCAUUGCCAUAUUUGCCAAGGGACUAGCGGCAUGUAAAGACUUGGAAGUGAUUGAUUUCCAGGACAACACGUUCACGACUAACGGAUCUCUGGCGUUUGCGGAAGCGCUACCGGAAUGGAAAAAAUUGAAAAAUUUAAACAUCGGCGAUUGCAUGUUGGAAGUUGCGGGCGGCGUGGCCAUAGCGGAAAGUCUUUUAAAGGGAUGCAACAAUCAGCUGCAGACGCUGAAUCUUCAGUAUAAUGAAAUCGAUAGAAAGUCAGUGUCCCUGUUGGCAAAAGCUAUUUCCUCGCAUCUCAAAGAUCUGGCGUCGUUAGAGUUGAACGGUAAUAAAAUUCAUCCGGAAGAUUCGGCAAUCGCUGAUGUCAGGGCUGCGCUCGAGGAACAUGGGCAUGAUAACGCUUUGGAAGUUCCAGGAAAUGGAGGGAGUCAGAUAAACAAUCCAGAACAUGGUGCACCCUCGUUGCAGUUUCUCGAAUUCUAUGAUAAUGUCUGGCCCAUUCGAAGAUGUGACAAUAUGAAUUAG